AUGGCACAAACAAAUGGACAUGAUCGUCCACAGCCUCCCUCAACAGGGGCAGCGCGGCUCCGCGAGUUGAUGGCGGGAGGAAAGAUAGUCGUCUGUCCGGGAGUGUAUGACGGAUUCAGCGCCCGAAUCAUGAUCGAAGCGGGCGUGGAUGCGAUGUACAUGACUGGCGCCGGCACGUCCAUAUCGCGACUGGGAAUGGCCGACUUGGGGCUUGCCACCAUGAACGAGAUGGCUACCAACGCAGCCAUGAUCGCCGGCCUCGAUCCGGUAGUCCCUCUCAUUGCCGACGCAGACACUGGGUACGGUGGACCGUUGUCGGUGCGACGGACCGUGCAGGAAUAUAUCAAAGCUGGUGUCGCCGGGUUACAUUUGGAGGACCAAGUUCAAACGAAACGAUGCGGCCACCUCGGCUCCAAAGAGCUGGUCGACGAAGAGGUUUACAUUUCACGGAUCAGAGCUGCUGUCCUGGCCCGGGCGGCGAUUCCUAACGGAGACAUUGUGAUCAUCGCGCGCACCGACGCAUUACAGGGGCUUGGGUACGAUGCCGCUGUUAGUCGAUUGAAAAAGGCCCUUGCCGCCGGAGCAGAUGUCGCGUUUCUUGAGGCCCCGACAAAGAUUGAACAAAUGCGUGCUGUGUGUCAAGACUUGGCACCGGCGCCGGUCCUGUUGAACAUGGUCACCGGCAGUAUCACACCUAAUAUCAGUGUCGACGAGGCUCAAGAGGUGGGCUACCGAAUAAUCAUCUAUCCGGCCCUUGCACUAGGCCCUGCUUAUGAGGCAAUCAGCGCCGCGGCCAACGAGUUAAAGGGGACGGGCACGGUGAAGCUAGGCAAGGUCAUGGUCGGCGGUCCGAAAAAGUUGUUCGAGACAUGCGGUCUGAACGAAUUGAUAGCCUUUGAUCUGGCUUCUGGAGGCUCGGCUUAUAAGAACGGCGUCUGA